CUGAAGGUGUUCUCUGAGAGCAGAGAAGAGCAUCUGGCACAGGGGCUCAGAGGCUCUACCUGCUGGGCAAGAACAUCCACAGGAAGCCUUGAUGAAAGUUGGAGCCCAGGAGGAAGAAUAUACCCUGUUGGCAGACACGGGGGCAGAAAGGAUGUGCCCGGUGCGGGUCCCCAAGGGGUGUAAAAUGAAUGGUACUCUUGAUGGAGUCGCGCUUCCCGAAUCCAGAGCGGAGAGAACCCCCAUCCCUGAGGCUGAGGUGACAAAGAUGGACUGGCAAGAGCACCACCGUCCACUACUGUGAAGGCAGAAAGUACUGCAGAGACUCAGAGCCUGAUGAGGAUCAAGGAAUAGAGGUAGUUCGUGGAGUCAGAGCCCUUCAGCAUGGGGAUAGAGGAGGUUUUUGACAUCCUCCCACUGUACACUGUGCUGCAGCCGAGUGGCGCUGUGCAGGGUGCAGGGAGGCCCAACCUAUGAGGUUGCACUGAGCGGGGAGGCUUCGCUUAUCAACUGCCUCCUGGACAUCACAGUGAUCGACUAUGGGCUGCAGGGUUACCUUGGACCUGGCAAGGAGCGAGUGCUGAAGGUCUGCUACCUGCCUGGAGUGCCUGGAGUCUUCUGCAGAUUUUCCUGGCCCAAGUGGAUCACCUGAAGCCAGAAGAGACAUACCUGAAAGGAAAGGGGAACUUUCCCAGGUUCUCCUUGGACCUCCCCUGGAAUAUCAAAGGAAAUGAAAAAUAUGAGGAGAUCCUCAAGGACACAAAAGAGAAGAUGGAACAAGACAACCAGACAGACCAAGCAGUUGUUCUGGGGGAGGCUGUGGCUGCGGAUACACUGGCAGACAGUUCAGACACCAUGUUGGAGCCUUGGCUACAGAUGCAGCUGGAGGAGGUGCUGCUUGAGGAACAUGCCCUGGAGCAGCAGACAGCUCUGGCCUCCAGUGCCCCGGAGGACAGUGCCUUUGACCAGCAUGCUCACUGGAGACUUCUUGAGGAUCAUCUGAGAGUCUGUAAAAUGCAUUUCUGCUUCCGUGAUGUUAUGCUUGAUGCCAUUCCUGCAGCAGUGGGACUUCUUGGCUGCUGCUGGAUCUAUUCCCAUAGAAAGAAGCAGGCAAACGGUCAUGAAAAGAAAGCAAGAGGCUUUAAGGAAGAGCAGCAAGAAGAACUGCACAAGAAGGACUCAUCGCUCGAACCAGCAGCAGGGGUUUCUCAGAGCUUGCCGCUCUCCUCGGAAGAGAAACACCCAGACAACGAACCCUCGACCUCCCUGCUAGCGACAGGAUCAAUGACCCUCGGUAGCAUCAGGGAGAAGAGGAGAGAGGAACUUGAAAUGUGGGAGAAGGAGCUGAUGGUGAAGGAGGCCCACCUUGCCCAGCAAAAUGAGGAGCUCAAGAGAGCAUGGCAAGAUCUCCAAAGUGACCGAGAGGAGCUGAAGCAGCAGAAGGCCUCCUUCCACCUUGAUUUGGAGAACCUCCGUGUGCUCAAGGAGGAAGUGGAGCUGGAAAAGGCUCAGUUCAAGCAGAACAUGGAGGAAUUCAAAAGGGACCAAGAGGAACUGCAGCUGCAGAAGGUCUCCUUCCAUCUAGAUCAAGAGGGCCUUUGUACAGCCAUAGAGGAAUUCAAGAGGGAGAAAGAGAAAUUCAGGCUUGACAUGGAGCGAUUUCCUGAAACUCGCCUGGUGCCUGACCACAGCCAGCUUGCAGGAGCAGAAGCGACCGGAGCAUCAGAGGACAACCAGGGAGACUUCACACAGGAGGCGGCUGAGGAGCUUCAGGCUCGAGUGGCUGCAGGUGAAGAGCGCUCCUACGCGAGCACCCACUGCCAAAUGUGUGAAGCAUUGCAGGCACAGCUCGCAGAGAUGAAUAAUGCCAACACCCACCUGGCUGAAGAAAACGCUCACCUCCGUAGGCAGAUGGCUUUGACAGAAGAGGUUCAAGCUGAAAAUGCUCACCUGAAAAGCAAACUUGAGCAUGUGGCUAAGGUGCCGGAAGUGGUAGAGAACGAACUGGUAGGCAGGAUAAAAAUGGCAGAAUGGAGUCAAGAACUGGAGAAGGAGCGUGAGGAGACAAAGUCCACGGUCCAGAGGAAAUCGGAGGAAGGCAGAUGUUUGCAGAGGGCUCAGACAGAAGAACACAGGGAACACAAGGAAGCCCUGCAAGCGAUUCAAGCCAAGCUGACUGAACUGAAUGGUCGCUUUCUGAAGCAUGAUGAACAAUGCCAGCAGUUUCUUCAGGAACUGGAACAGCUAGAAAAAUAAGGAUCCAACCCUACCAUUUCCAGGCCACACCUGCUGAGUGUGUACUGUUGAGUUUUGGCAUGCAAAGCCAGACUUCCUUCUCCACCAAUCAGCAAUUAAUACAGUGACCAUAUUCACUCAAGUUUCCCUGUCUUUAGGUGUAAGCUCGCUAUAAACAGUGGAAACAAAAGAAAAUGUUCAGCAGGUGGUCAGGCUUGAAGAAAAGAAAAAUGUCCCCAGAGCUCUAGGUAUCAGCCAAUGGGCUGAACUUGGC